AAUGGAGGAGGCCGCGAAGAGUAUCGCCAGUCAGCAUCUGCCGCGCGAGUGAUAUAUGAUUUUCAAACGAUACGAUAUGAAACGCGGCACGUAAACAGGCAUUGAGCAAUAUCUCCAGCGAAAUUGUCUGCGACAGCUAUUCUCGCCCGAUCGCAAAGGUUGAUCGUUAAAUAAAAAAAAAUAAAAAAGAAAAAAUUCUAUGGCAACCGAUAUCGGCUAAGAAUAGCGUGUGAAUCUUGGGUAUUGUAAUGCCGGACAUCCGUCUCUCUCUUAAACCGUAAAAACACGGAUUUUUCUCCACGCGAGAAAUGCUGUAAUGUAUAAAUUGUCGCUCGAUGAAUGCCCCAAUUUUGAAUUACUUACGCUUCACGUGGAUGAUUCGCUAAAACGCUCGAAAUUUACUUCGCUUCUUGCAUCUCGAUAUCUUCCAUCGAUCUUUAUCUUGCACAAUCGAGAUCGGUGUAAUAUUUUGUGGAAAAAUCUUAUUGAUAAUCUGCUCCAGAAACGCUGAUCUUCGCGUUCGACCUUGUCGCUCGUUAUUGUCGAGACGUUAAUUGCUGCCACUAAUUCGCUCUAAUUCUUCACAAGUGAACAAGAACAAUGACCGCUUAGUAAUCCUAGUUUCUUCUUUAAAUUAACUAAUGCAAUCAAGCGGAAAUACGUAUCUCCUACGUAUUUCCAGAAAAUAAAAAUCUAAUCACACUCGGGCAAAGUUUACAGUUAUUUAUAUUAAUUGAAGAAUCGAUAAGAGAGUGGACAGAUAUUUCGAAAUCUAUCAUGAAAUGGAGUGCGAUUUCGUCAUUUCUGACGUCGUUGAUGCGGCUAACGAGAUUGGGGAACCUGUAAUUUGACGCGCCGAAUUCGGCUUUUUUUUGUUGAACCGAAAGACGAUUCCGCUGCGCGACAAAAUCGCAUGAAAAGUAAUCGUCCGCGACACGCCGGUUGUGCACGCUUUGAGGCGCUUCCUCAAGGACAACCGCGCGAUAUUUGCAUAUCUUGAAUCGGCGAUUCCGAACGGUUAUGCGGAUGGGAAUGUAUAAUUCGAAGAGGGGCACUAAUCGAGGGGCCACGUCGACCCAGCCGUGCAGCGAUUGGAAGCAAAUGUCGCUCUGACGACCGGACUUUCCUGCGGUCAUAAUCGAAUCUGCUCCUGGAAACUCGCGAUUUUCUUCAUGGCGAGCGCCGGGAUCAGCUCUUGAGAGCGACCGACUGAUAACUUACGAAGAUCUCUCUCCGUCCAAGGACCCAGCGCAACACUGCGAAACGACACUGCGCGGGGUCACCAAAAGCACAAGUGAUAUUUCUAAUAGUUAACGCGUUAGAGAUUAGAGGAGCUGAAACCGUCUCGCGAAACCCGCCGUCAGCGUGCUCUUUGUACGUACAAAUGUCGGACACUCGAUUCGUAAUAUCCAGUGCUAAUUGUAAGUCCGAGUGUGUGUUCAACGCAUCUCAACUGUUGUAAUCCCACGAUCGCGUGGACCAGGAACACGAUACGGAACGCUGCGCCGGCGGGAGAGGAUUAACGGCUGCGUCGAGUGACACACACACACACCGGGUGUGUACGUGUGCGUGCGUGCGUGUGCGUGCGUGCGUGUCUGUGUGUGGCGCGCAACAUGAGAGUGGCCAGGCAGCCUCUGCAAGUACCGACCCGCAGCAACAAUGGCAAGUACCCGGUCGGUCCUAACAGUAGUCAGGACGUCAUCCAUCAGCAGCCGUCGCCGCAGCAACAGCAACAGCCGGCCGGCGACGAGAGCAGCGCGGUGGUGCCGCCGAGCUGCGUCUUCUCGAGCUGCGAGUCGAUGCCAGCCGACCUUCGCGGGGGACCGACCCGACCAACCAUACUGGGGGAUCGAUUCCUGCUUCUUGGUCCGGCCGAGGGUAGCGCCCUUUAUCGGUGCCUCGACGUGCACAACGGUCAGCAACUUGUCGCCAAGGCGCUGACCGUGGGCGACAAAGGUUGCGAGGCGUUGCUGCAAGCCCACCUUCGUCUGGAGGGCACCGGCGCGGCGAGCGGCGUGGCUGGCGUGGUGGAGGCACCUGGAGGCCGGCGCUAUCUCCUCUUGGAGGGCCAUCACGGUGACCUGCACGCCUACGUAAGGGCACGCAGGAGACUACGCGAGCCCGAGGCGAGGCGGCUCUUCCGGCAAGCGGCCAGGGCCGUGGCGACGUGUCACGAGUACGGGGUCGUGCUGAGAGACCUCAAGCUCCGGAAGUUUGUUUUCGCCGACGAGGCGAGAACGCGGCUUCGCCUGGAGAGCCUCGAGGAUGCGGUGAUCGUGGAGAACGACGACGACAAGCUGACCGACCGGCGCGGCUGCCCGGCGUAUGUCGCGCCGGAAGUGCUGCGCUCCGGACGCGCCUAUUCCGGCAAGGCGGCGGACAUCUGGUCGCUGGGCGUGUUGCUGUACACGAUGCUGGUGGGCCGUUAUCCGUUCAACGACGCCGAGCACGCGUCCCUCUUCGCCAAGAUCUCGCGCGGCCUGUUCGCCGUGCCGGAGGGCCUGAGCCCGCGCGCCAAGUGCCUGAUCCGCUCGCUGCUGCGAAAGGAGCCGUCCGAGCGGCCGUACGCCGAGGACGUGCCGCUGCACCCGUGGCUGUCGAAGCCGUUGCGGUUAUACACGCCUACGUCCGGCAGUAGGUCCUCGUGCCAGGACCAAGUCGUACCAGAGCUAUCUAUUAAUCCUCAACAAGACUGACUCUCUCUCUUUCGGGGGAAGGAUCAUUAUUCCGCGCGUGACGGCAUCACUCUCUCUCAUCAUCCUAGUGCUUCUCUCGCGCCGACAGCCGGAUCGAGUCCUCCGGCCGAGAGGGGGGAGUUGGCACAAUCAAAAGAAGAAGGGGGGGGGCAAAACGAUUUUCUCUUAACACAUUGGCUGUACCCGUAGAGAGUAGCGGAUAAACUCGGCGAAAAGCGAAACUGUCGUCUUAUAUAUCAGAAUGCGCGAAAGGAACUGUCAUCAAAAGAGCAAUAUUCAGCAAAAAAUUCUACCUUCAAAAAGAUUUGCAAAUUGAGAAAUAUAUAUCCUGGCAGUCAAUGUGUUAAUGGCAGAUGAAUUUACACACAUCGUUCACGUAAGCUCGAGUCGCGCAGUCUCUAGCUUGGAUUGAAAAAUCGAAUCGAUUCUUGCGUGGAGACGCGCGGCUAACUAUGGCUAAGGAUGCUAAGUCCUUCUCUUUUCGCCGGCGAGGGACGGCCUAGAAUAAGCUUCGAAGAUAGAGCGUACUAACGUGAGACGAGAGUAAUCGUUCUCGAUGGAACUUUUACGUAGGGGAGAGUAACCAAAGUCUCUAUCCUGAAUACAAUGCCCUGGAUUAUUUUCCUCGCUGUUUAACGCCGCAACCUGCGAGUUGAACGGUCAAAGUUGAAACCUUGAAUAAGAUGAUAUUACGUCUUAUUAUAUAAAGAUAAGCUCUUUCUAGUCUAGAGACAACUUGCAGGGUCGAAGCACCGAAACAGCGAAAGUAAUUGAGGGGAUUCUCUGUAAAAUAACGUGUCUCGAUUUUGGUCAUUCUCCGCUGGCAAUUUCGGAGGCAACGUGACGCAAGUGAUUAGUCUCUAAAAAAAAGUUUCUAUCGGCUAUAUAGAGUCUUAGAUUCGAGAAACAUUGCCAUUAUCGGUCCAAGAAACAUUUCGCCUUGUUGCGUAAUACAGAUAUAUUCGCGCGCGAGCGCGAAUUCCUUGUGAUAGAAUCUGACAGAUUCUGAGCGAUGUAUGUGAUACGAAAUAUACACAGGUUGUUUCAUAAGCGUUAUGCGGUUACUUGCGGUCAUCUGUCUCUGAAGUCCAUGUACAUUAAUUAUAUUGUAAACGAUCGAAUUCGAUGUUUGUAUUAUGCGUUAGGCACACCCGAGUACAUCCUCGACUUUCUCGAUAUUUCGCGUUGCGUAUCUACACACGGGAUAAUUUUUUACGCUGUACCGGCGAAUCCGCUGUAUACACGAGUAAACAGUUAUCUAAAUGCGAGCAAGGGACUCUAAAUGUAAGUUCGAGUACAACCGGUGAGCUUUGUAUAAUAUAGUAUAUAAUAUAAAGCGAUGAAUAUAUAUAUGAAUGGGAUCAGAGAUUGAGUCGGAUUCAAAGUUAAAAACUCACGUAGUCUCAAAAGGGAAAACAUGAUGAUUUAACACGAGACUAAAUUGCCUAAUGACGACCAAAUGUUACUAGAGCAGGUCGAACGAAUUUAACAAAGCGAGUUUCUAAUCUAAACUCCGACUCAUUCUUCCUGCACUCCCGUUUACCUGUCAUCAUUAUAUCACGAAGUCAAUCAAAUAUAUUAGGCGACAGGAAGGAAUAUUUCUCGUUUUAAAGCGAAAAAAAAAAUUCAUUCUCCGACCUAAAAACAUUGCCUAGAAAGUUCAAGACUGCUUGGACGUGUGGCCUAUACAAUUAACUUUAUUAGAGAAAAAUACGAAUACGUUGACACGUGAAUUUCUAACUUAAGAACAAUAAAAGAAUACGCUUCUGGAUUACUCGCACGACGGCAGUAUCCAUGAAACUAUAAAUGUGUUCAUCGAUGGCAAUGUUUUCAGGUAGAGUAACUCUCUAGUGAAUGAAAGACAAGAUUUACUCUCUUCUGACUCAGACCUCUAAAGUCAUCGCUUGCGCGAUAUAUGUACAGCUCACUAGGUUCCGAUUUAUAAAAGCGAACGAAGCGAACGAUCGACGUUUUUAUAUCAGUUUGGGGCGUAUGAGGCUACGCGUUCCAUUUUGAGGAUUUUUCUCUUAAGUAAAACUCUCCGAUCGACAUAUAGACCUACGAAUGAUCCUUGACGACUCUACUUUCAGUAGAGAUUGUUAUUGCCGCAAGUCAAUUACGAGAAUAAAAUUCCAAGGUAGACAUUGAGAUUUUCAUUUACAUCAAUGCCAAGUAGCGUAAUAUCCGUAAUGAAGUUUUCCUCUUUAUGUUAAAUGGUGGGUUUGAUCGUAUAGAUACAUCAAUGUAGACGUUAAAUAAAGGGAUAUCGAUGCCGCAGUCAUCGGUAGAUGUGUCCAAAAUAGCACUCCUGAAAUGUUUUCCGGAGUCAACACUAACGCUAAGUUUUAAAUUAAGCAACCGAUUAAAACCGCCAUCUCACAUAGACGAAAUGAAUUACGGCUUUUUCUGUGAAACACUUGCGAGGGAAUGGGGAGAACAAGUUCCUUAAUAUCACCAAAUAAUUGCAGAGUGCGAAUCGAAAUUUAUUAAUUUAGAGAUAUUCCGGAAGAUUUUUUAUUUAAUUUAAAUACCCUACAACAAACGUGUUUGCUGAACGCCGUUUGUUUCGCGGAACAUCGCUUUCGAGGAACAUUGCUCUAGACAUGAGAAUCAUCUUGGAUUGUGGAUGCGAAGUUCAGUCUUGCGUGAAGCUUGAAUCGGAUCCGCGUCGGAUGACCUCGAGACGUUUCUCGUGGCCCAUAGAACUUUUGGUUUCGGAAUCAGGAUCAGAAUCGGGAUUGGGAAAGGAAAAGCCAGAGAUUACGGGGUUGUCGAUCGUGACUGCGACUCCUUACCUCGGCCCUUCACGUUCGACGAAAGUACCAUGUGUUCUUGUAUUUAAAGAUACCUGUCUACCUACCUAUUUACGCUAACUCUUUUGUAACUUCCGCGAGAGAAAGAAAGAAAGAGAGAGAGAGAGAGAGAGAGAGAGACCUCUUUUCCUUUUUAUUUUAUAAUAUUCGCGCACCGUAACGGGACACGGUACCCCGGUGCGGCGCGCUCCUCGUAUCGUUCUCAGUCAGGGUACAAAACGCCGUCGCGCAUUCAUCGACGUUUAAUUUGUACAUAAGUUCGACGCGAUUACAUCCUAUUGUAUUCAAUCAUUGUCUAGGUGCGAUUAAGGGAAUUUCGUUUCUGUACAUAGGUAAAAUAAAGUGGCGUUUAUGAUGAA